GUGCUCCCCUUCAUGGCCUUUACAACAACACUUAAUGAGGUCAUGUCGUUACGCUCCGCCCUCCGGGUUCCAGCCUCCUCUGGGACGCCACCAUAAAGAACUGGGACGAUGUUGCUGUCACAAAAAGAGCUUCUCAUUUCAUUUCUCAUCACAUCUGAGGAACAAGCCAGAGCAUCUGCAUCUCUUCUCCGACUCGGUUGUGAUCCCUCUAUAAAGAUGACCCACCAGUUUCCUACGCUCACCACGGAGCAGAAGAAGGAGCUGCAUGAGAUCGCUCUGCGCAUCGUGGCUCCUGGGAAAGGCAUCCUAGCAGCCGAUGAAUCAGUCGGCAGCAUGGGAAAGCGUCUGAAUCAGAUAGGAGUGGAGAACACAGAGGAGAACCGUCGCCAGUACCGCCAGGUCCUCUUCAGCGCAGACGACCGCAUUGACGGCUGCAUCGGAGGAGUCAUCUUUUUCCACGAAACCCUCUACCAGACUUCUGAUGAUGGGGUUCCUUUUGUUAAAAUGAUCAAAGACAAAGGGAUCACUAUUGGCAUCAAGGUUGAUAAAGGUGUGGUUCCCCUGCCAGGAACUAAUGGAGAAACUACAACACAAGGGUUGGAUGGUUUAUCAGAGAGAUGUGCUCAGUACAAGAAAGAUGGAGCAGAUUUCGCCAAGUGGCGCUGUGUGAUGAAGAUCAGUGACACGGCCCCAUCUCAGCUGUGCGUCAAAGAAAAUGCAAAUGUCCUUGCACGCUAUGCUAGUAUCUGCCAGCAGCAUGGGAUUGUACCCAUAGUGGAACCUGAGCUCUUACCUGAUGGAGAUCAUGACCUGAAGCGCUGCCAGUUUGUCACAGAGAGGGUUUUAGCAGCAGUGUACAAGGCCAUGUUUGAUCAUCAUGUGUAUCUGGAGGGCACGCUGCUCAAGCCCAACAUGGUGACCCCUGGACAUGGAUGCCCCACCAAAUACAGUGCUGAGGAGGUUGCCAUGGCGACGGUCACUGCUCUACGCCGCACCGUACCUCCUGCAGUCACCGGAAUAACAUUUCUAUCUGGAGGCCAGAGUGAAGAGGAGGCCUCAGUCCACUUAAAUGCCAUCAAUAACUGCCCACUGGUAAAGCCCUGGGCACUGACCUUUUCUUUUGGUCGGGCUCUGCAGGCCUCAGCACUGAAGACCUGGCGUGGUCAGAAAGAAAACCAGAGUGCUGCCACUGAGGAGUUCAUUAAACGUGCUGAGAUCAACAGUCUGGCGUCCCAGGGCAAGUACUGUGGUGGAGGAGACAGCAGUGGAGCUACUGGUCUUUCCCAUUACCUGUCUAGCUACGCAUACUGAAAUGCUACCUUUACCAACUCUCCUCAAAUACAGCCGAUUCCACUGCCACUGUUGUAGAAAUGACUGUACUUACUCUAUAACACACACACACACUCACAACUUCAAUAGUGUUUCUUGGGUUCAGUACAUAGCUGUUUGAACUAGAUCAGUAUUAGACCCAUUACAACUCAAACACUGUUUAGAAAACCUUACAAAUGAUUAUAAAUACCAUUUAGAUAAAUGUGAUCUAGUGAUCUCACUCAACCGACACAAUCUGGGUUUGUCUUUACUACGCAGUGCUUGAUGAAAAUAUGAUUUAAGUGUUUCUGUGUGGUGGAUAGAAAUAAGUUUAUUUACGCUUAGUACCUGUGAACUGUGUGCUUUUGGUGACUGAUGUGGUAUUCUGUAUGUGUAUGUAUGAAAAUAAUGCAUAUGACUUAAUAAAUUCAGGAUAUAUUG